AUGGACCACCUUCAACGUGGCCCAUCAUCAGUCAAACUUCAAAAGCCCCAAAACGACGUUGCUCAAAUGCCAACCAAUCCGUCUCACAGGGAUUACUUCAGCAUCAAUACCACAAAGAUCUAUAGCGCAAACCCAUCAGGCAACUUCACUGUCACAUCCCUUCCACUCACACGUCGCCACCUUCAAGAUCUAGAGUCACCUUCAUACUACAAUCUUCUUUUCGACCUCAUUGCAAACAAGUUCAGCAAAACUCCACUUCAACGUCGAUCCUCGCAAUCAUUCGCUCCGCCACUCCAGACAGCAACAACAAAGCUGAUUGACCACCGGAGACCUACCUUAAGUGCGACAAAGUCUGCUGAAGCUGUCUUAACGCCCGAAAGGCGUGAGCAUCAGCAAAGCCGUGGCUGUACAAAAUCUGGCUUUAAUCGAAUCCAAACGACGGUUCCUUCCUCCCCAAUCGAAAGUCAAGCACAACGUUCUGCCCAAGGUUACCAAAGAUCUCAACUUCUCGCAGCCAAUCCAGAAGACAGACCUCUCUCAAGACUAGACCGUAGCCGACCUCGUAAUAGUCCGUACGAAAAUCCGUCCCGGAUUGCAACAAGGUCUGUUGGGGCUUUACCAACAUUUUCCCAACAUACGCCUCACGAACAUUACACUGAAAUACCUCAUCGUCCACCAGCAGUCAGUACCAGGUCAGCUGAAGUGACUUUGCCAAGACAGAACAGCGUCUUCUGCGGCUUUCACACGCGGCACUCAAAAGCGACGGACUCAGUUGAUUCGACACUAAGGUCUCAAACGCACACUGACCACUACGAGACACUUAUUCCUAUUCGACGUCCACAAAAGAUCACUAGCUCUAAUCUGAGCUCUACCAUCUCUCUUCCGGCUUCAAAAAUGUCACUAGAGCAUCCUCAUCCAUCGAACCCUGACUCUUCCGAUCCAUUCAGUGCCUUUGAGAAUCCUCACCAAAAGACCACCCUCUUUCCACAGAAGGCACAUAACUUCUUCUCCCGCAGGGCCAAAAAGGCUGAUCGCCUCCGUGCGGCUGAAGAGAAGGCUGAACAGAAACAAAAGGAACGUGUUGACAAGGCUGCUAAGAGGAUGGAGAAAGAAAACGCAGAUGCUGCCAGGCGUGCAGAUAAGGAACAGAGGGAAGGGGCAGAGCAGAUGAGGAAGCUGGAGAUGGAAGUGGAUAAGCAAAGGAAAAGAAGAGAGGAGCAGGUGGCAAAUAUGGAGAAGAAGCGGAGGAGGGAGGAAAAAAAAGAAAAAGUGGUGGAACUGAGGAGGCGCAAAAGAGCACUGGGAAAUAUGUCUUGGGGAUUUGAUCCGGACGCAGGGACAAGGGCCAACAGGGAAUCAGGAAGUGGCAGUGUAGAAGCCAAUACUUCUGACAAGGGCAGGCCUUCGAGAGAGCACGGCGAGGCAAAGUUGAACAGGCUAAGAAAAGGAGCAACCUGGGGUAUCGAUAGUGGUGGACCAGGACAAAUUCGUGGGCAUUAUAGCCCAGACGUUAGCAAUGGUUGA